AAAAAUGGCACAAUGGACGGAUCCAUCCCGUCAGUGCCUCAUCAAUGCCAUUCGGAACCGGCCAGUCAUUUGGGAUAAGAAUUAUUUUGGAGAAAGUAAUUAUAGAACUUUGAAGACCUCCUGCCUCCGUGAAGUGACGUCAGAGCUCAAUUCAAUGUUUCAAAUGCCCAUAAAAUUCACGUGUGAAGACGUCAGAUCUCAGUGGAAAAAUCUAAAAGACACAUUUGUACGGAAGCUCCGAUGGGUUCACGAGGGAAAAUAUAUGGAAGACGCGAUGAAAGAGCCCACUUGGAAAUUUUAUAGAAUGCUCACUUUUCUAGAUGAGAAGGAGGCGAAAAGGCUCGGCGACACGUGUGAGCACACCUAUGAGUUGGCCCCGAAUUCCACGUCGUGUGGGCAGAGAGCACAAAUCUCCUAUGAGCCCACAUCAACUGAGGAGAAAAUGUUCCAAAUGUUCAAUAAUCAACCUCCACCGCAAUUAUCACAACAGUCGAUGAUUGACUCCUCACAGAUUGCUACGUGCUCCAAUGAACCAAAAAUGACGUCAUCAUCAACAUUCGUGACGUCAUCCACGUCUUUAAAACGUGGCGUUCACUAUAGUCCGACUAGAAGCCCAAAUGGGUCGUCAAGUGGGUUGGAAGAGGAGCUGGAAGAUGAGGAUGAGCAGCCGGGCAGGAAGAAGUCAUGCCGCCGCCAGGUGUCCAAUAUUCAGCCGAUGCAAGUUAUUACCACUCCGCCAGUCGCCCAUCAAGACGAAUUUGAUCAUUUUGGAGCAAUGGUUGCCGCGAAUUUGCGGAGAAUAGCCAAUGAACAAGGUCGGAUGAAUGCUCUGCGAGUUCAACGCCGGCUUUACGAUGCUCUGUUCCUAGACGAAUAAAUUAUCGAUUUGUUUGCACAAUUUUCCUCCGACAAAUGCCAAGAUUUCGAGCCAUUUUGAUGACGAAUUUCAAAUGAAAAAAAAAAUUUGAUAAUUUUUUGUGAUAUUACCUAUAAUUAUUGUUAAUUGAUAACUUGCAAAAAAUAUUUUUAAUUGU